UGGAGCAAGACCAGCGGAUAUCGACCAAAGUCAAUGAAUGUCAGUCGCGCUCGAGACAAGAAUCGUCGCUCCUCUGAUCUACUUAAACGUUGAUCAGCGAAGAGGGAUUCUCUCGAAAUUGUGCGACAUCUUACUUGUUCGUCGACGAGGACUCAUACUUACCGAUAUCAAGUGGCCCGAAUACUUAUCAUACUUGUGGAUUCAAAGCAAGAAGUACAAAACAAUAGUUCUUCUCGAUUCCGUGAUUUGCGAAUUGGUGUAAAACACACGCAGAUGAUCCUGAUAACUUUGAAGGACCUGUUGUGUGCCUGUCCUAAGUGCCGCUCGUUGCGGAGUGUGACGCCUGGAGUACUCUGAAGGACCAUUCAUAAGUUUCUAAGAUCAACGUAAUGAUUGGUGUCAGAUGGAUUCUGAUGUGGUGUGCUAGCUUUUGGGAAUAAGACUUGAACGUAUAUCAUGAUAAUUCAUCUUUCAUGACAGGAGACAGGAGUUUGUGAAUGAACAGUGUGAUUUGCAAAAAGUACAAUCGACUUCCAAGGGAUAUUCCAUGGCAAAUUAGUCUGGUUGUUGCCUGUCGCUAGUAUGGAACAUCACGAUGUCUUACAUUAACGGCAAAUCAUGAAACGUAAAACUGCAACUUACUGAACUUAAAUGAGGAACGAUGCAUCAAAAUUACAACCAACUUAGCUAAUAUUGGAACGACAUUAAAGGAAGGAAAGUUGGAACUGAACGUGCAAGUGAACCUACAAACUUUAUAAACGUAUAAAUGACAAGCUGAAGUUAUUCGCCAACGAAGUGGAAGACGGUGGAAUACAGUCAUGUCAAUCGAAUCUUAGUGCUUUCUGGGCCAGGUGAGAGGUGGCAGAUAAAAAAUUUACGGCGUAACAGAAAGGAAUGCCUUGGUUUCACCUCGUCCCUUACCAUUCAACAAGCAUUACUUCAGGUACCGGGCUCCCACGCUUCCCAAGUCUGAUUAAUCGUUUUCCUGGAACGCCAGCUGCGUUUUGAUCCCCAGGGGUAGGGUCUCGUUUGCAAGGAUCAGAGGCUAUACGCUUGCUAUAAUCUCACGGACUUCUCUUGUUAUUGAGUGGAACGCAAGGACUUCGUUCUCAUCAAAACGGAUCGAUAUACUCGUGCCGUUAUUGGCUGUUGAGGAAUUGAAUAGCACUCCAACGGGUUUCUUUUCUCGCUGGUGGACGGCCACGAGCGGCGCAGGGUAUACACAUAGACGCAACUCUUGCGCUGUAACAUUGGGUGUUACUACAAAUCGGAGAGGUGUCAGAAUUUUAAUAAAACGUUAAAUCUAACAGAACAUAUAAGACUACUAUACCAUUGCCCGGAGAGGAUCCAGGAGCAUCAAAUACUUGAAAAAUUGCCCUGUCUCAUUCCGGAACAGAAACCUGGUACAUGUUAGCGUCUGUCUCGCCAGAAAAGUUUUUGGAAGUAGUCAAGGUGAAGUUGCCGCUAUCUCAUUAACACAAUGUGGAUGUGUUUGUUUUGUCAACAAGACGGCCAAUCUACGAUCUUUUUCAAGGAGCCACCUCUUUAGAAUCUAUGUUUCUUCGUCUGCUCGGCAAAGGAGCGCAGACGACAGACGUGAUCGAUCAGUUGUUUGGUGCUCAACCUUGUCUGCCGUAGGACAGCUUUGCCGGUGUCGUCGGAAGCGUGUGACGCGGAGAGGAUAUUCCGGUUCAUGUGUUCAUAUCACCACAGUAUUCAAGGGAGCAUGGAUGUACCGUUGGAAAUUCUUACUACAUUGAAUACCUGGGUAUAAAUGAUCAGUGACUGAUGGAACUACCAGAAUGACCUCGGAUAUUGGAUUCUAACGACAGCGCAAGCCCUGCAAAUCGCUGACACCGAUCACAUCUUAAAUCAAACUUUAUGGACAACACGACGCUUCCACAUUGCUGAUAAACAUAUUUGUUGAUUCCUGUGUAAAAAUGGUAGCAAUCUUACUAAGCACAUAAACUCAAUUCUUCCAUACAGUACCGUCCGAGAUAGCUUAGCCAAUACGAGUACAUCUGACACCUAUUGACAUUGCUAUUGAUUGCUGAAGUAUAUAAUAGAGGAUGUGAUUUAUAAAAUGAUUUUGACUCUGUCAACGAACUCAUAUCCGUAUCUGAUGAAGACAUUUCCAGGGUUACUAGCUUAGUUAUAUUAUCAACACCGGUGCUAAGAAGGCAUCCACAGACCCCGCUGGUAAUACCUAUAGGAAAUCGUAAAAUACGGAUACAGUGACUCUGUAAUUCGACACAUGCGAUUCUUGGCAGAAGACAGCUAGUUGUUAUAAAGGAUUAGUUGAUGAGAGAAAUGAAUAUAUCUUGCUUGGGAUGAUCGGGCCCGUUGGACACGUUGUCGGUCUUGGUGAGGAUGCCCGACCAUGAUGUUGGGUCCAUUCGGUUCGCGUCAGAUCACCCUGCACAGAUGGGUCUUCACUGUCCUAGUCACGAUGACUGGCUGUGUAAUCGUGCUCAAUAUACUAUCAUCGCCUAGCUUCUCACUGGAUUACAGCCCCGGUGGCAUUCAGCAUGACAGACUGCAGAAGGGCACUUAUAACACUGCGCUCAGAUGGAGACUUGCCGAGGCUAUGAAAAAUCAAUGUCGUGAUGACGUCACACCGUAUUUAGGAGGAGUUAUAUUCCAACCAGAUGUAACUCUAUCCCCAAAAUUCAACAAGUACAUCUCCGAAUAUAGGACCACAGUUACCUACACCACAUAUCAUAUCAAAGUCUGGGCGAUACCGGAGAGCUGCGCAUGCUCAGCGAGGUUAGACAGUCGCCAUGGACCAACAAGGCCGACCAACUACAGCCUCGGACUUGGCGAUAAUAAGAUCACUUACUUCGUCGUUACGAACACGGCUGGUGACGACAGGAGAGUUCUGAAGGCCUACACGCUCCACAUUUACAGGCCCAGCAAGACGGACGGCUCAACAAAGGUGCUAGAUCGAUCACAUCAAGUCUGCGGACUGGUUCAGGACUGUGAUUUGAAAUACCUCCCCAACAUCGAAUGCGGCUUAUACAAUGAUACUCACCUCAAAGACUGGUCGGAUGCAGAAAAUGUGAUACAGCGCCUUCCAGUGUGCAAGACAGGGUUCGAACAAGGGCGGUGGUUGGUGCCGUGUGGUCGUUGUGAUGAUGCCAGUAGCUGUGACUGGACGGUUGGACUGUGGCAGCCCUUCUCCUGCAGGCAUCCAACGAAACCACGCGACGAAAUUAGAGAGGAGUUCGCUGGAAAAACAAUUCUGUUCCUGGGCGACUCCACCAACCGAGGUAUGAUGCAUUACAUGAUCGAGCAGCUCAACAUAACUCUGACAGAAUGGGACAAAACACAUGACAUAAAGAUCUACAACAAUGUUAAUAGAGGGCGUACUAGGUUUACAUUUGCAUACUAUCCCCAGUUUUGGCUUGCCAAUGAAAAGAGACCGAACUUUGAAGAAGCUCUCGAACAACUUAUAGCUAAAUCCGAGCCCCUUCAAAACAAUUCCAAUACAGUGCUGGUGGUCGGUGGUGUCCAGUGGUUGACCAGCAAUCACAUCAAGUCCUUGGCCGCGACAUUAGACAAGUUGGGACUGUCUGGUGUCCGUGUCAUGAUCAAAUCAUUCGGGGCAGGGUUUCACCAGCCAGUCGAUGGUAUGAGAAGCUUGUUACUGAGUGAGUUUACGGUGCUAAAUAGGGUGAAUACUGCUCUAGUCCAGACUGCAUCCAGCCAUAACUAUGAUGUGAUAGACACUUUUCCGAUUACCAUGUCAAGGUUCAAGGACUUCAUGCAAGGAAAAUGUGCUUGCCACUUCCAUAAGAUUCGAGAGCUGACUGAUGAAGGGUUCCUCAUUCCAGAGGGCAUGCGUGUUGGUACGACAACCGGGAGAUAUCACGUUGAAGGAGAAAUAAACAAACUCUGUUCAGAGAUGUUGAUCAAUAGUAUAUGUUCAGAGAAUAGGUGACGAAAUCGAAAAUAAGAGUAUUUUUAUUCGUAGGAAUAUCAAUUAGAAAAAGGAGAUCGGUUUUACGAUUGACGAUUUUCGCCAAAUUGAGUACCAGGCCGCCGCAUAUCAAAAUGUGCGAGGUGGUAGUUCAACCAUGGGCUGGGCAAUAGGACUUCCACAGCUGCAGCUUGGUGAGGCGGAUGAACCGACAGGGCUUGUAGCUUGUAAAUGCAAAGUACUUGGGCAUCUAAAUCGAUCAUAAACAAAAAUGAUUAUUACACUCGAAAAGUUUAUUAGUAAAAAUAACCAGAGUGAAUUCUGGAAGUUCAUUUUGCACACUGUGAAAUUAGUGAAAUAGUAUUGAAUAUAACCAGUAAAUAGCUGUUUUUGGUCAAAAAAGGAGUAAAUAACUACCAUUAAAAUUAAUUUGAAAUUGUUAAAACAACACAUUUCACAGUCGGUGCUAUAGGAUAAUCAGAAUAGUCUAUGAAAUAGUUAUUUCCACUAAUCAAUUUGAAGAGGGUAAGGUUGUGAGAGGAAAAGAUUUGAAAAUAGCAAAUAAAGUUAUCAUGCAUACAGUACCAUACCGAAAAAACAAAACAAAACACAAGAAACGGAAUUUAAAAAAGGUACAACAUUGGCGAUUCAUAGUUUUACCUCAUGCGCAGUGAACACGUGUAUAACGCGUAUAAUUCUGUUCUGUAUCCGGUUGAGACAAUUCAUUGUACUCCUCCACGUACAACCAGCUUCGGCUUAGAAGAAUGUCAGAACACACGCAUAAUUCGUGUAUUUUUAUUGUUAAGAGCGGUGUACGCGUUGGGGUGUAAUACAGGUCGUCCUCGUGAAUACCGGUAUCGGGUGACAUUUUGAAGAGGCCUCUUGGGGUGCCAUAUAUUGCAUGUAUUAUAACUGGCUAUUUAUACUCCAUGAACUCCGUGUUAAUGUUUUUGUAUGCACAGGUCGUCACAGUCAUUGGCUGAAGAUCUGUAAGCCUCACCAGCGGGUAUUUCUAAUGUUUUGUUAGUCAAUGGGUGAUAUGAAUAAAGACUAGCAAAUGCUUUUACUUCAAUUGUGUACAGAAAGACCUAGUGUAAAUGUACAUGGAGUUUUAGAUAAAAGCAUUUGCUAGUCUUUAUUCAUAUCACCCAAUGUUUCAGGGCGGUAUGGGGAGCGGCGCUUUGCAUAUUGUGCAUGACAAGUCACAAUAAAGGGACCAGAGCCGACUUUCAUUAUCAGAGAGGAUAGGCUACCGGUGUACAAGGGGACAUCCCGUAUAUACUAUACUGUAUCAGCUUACAUUGUGUGGAAGACGUUUGACUGUCGAUGUCAGCCAAAAAUAUUUUAUAAUGAAACAGUUUUGAUAUACAAUGCAAUUUAAAAAGUCUCUACGGGGGAUAGCUACAUGUAUUUCAUUGAAUCAUUAUGUUUUUAUUUGUACAAGAAUAACUACUGUUUUAUAGAUAACACCGUGAUGUUUCUUUUGUUAAAGACAUUAUUUUGAGUGAAAAGUUAUCUUUUGUGAGUUUCCGGUAAUUCGAUAGACCAACGAGGCUUUAGUUAUUUAAGUUGCUGGGGAGCUCUUCAUCUCGAAGUAGACCAUAUAAUAAGCCGACAUUCGGCAUGUUUCUCUCCGUGGCCGGCAAUAUUCAUAUAACGUCCCUAUACAACAGGAGAUUCCCACCGAUGGGUGCUUAGAAAUCCAUGAAACUAGUUUUACAUAUUCCCAAGCAGACUCGACCACAAAAUGAUAUGAGUCGAAACAUGAUAUUGUGCCGUUUACAUGCACUUUAAGCUCCAGGGAUACCAGUAUCAAGAACUACUACAUUUGUGGGCCACCAAAGGCUAUGAAUAGUAGUGAUGGUUGCUCCCUAUGAAUGUUGAUAAAUUCGUUCAAACAUUUUGGGAAAGUUCUGUUUAAAACUGUUUACUCGGAAAUAUACAUGUAUAAUUUGCACUACAACGACACGGAAUAACAUAAAAUUUG